ACGGAGAACGCCAGUAGCCUGAGUCUGUUUUGGGCGAUCUGGAUUUGAAUCUAAAGUAAAUGUCCCAAAUGACAGAACCACCGAUUCUCAACCAUCUUCCUUACGACAUCGUUCUCAACAUCCUGACAAGACUGCCGGUGAAAUCAGUGAUAAGAUUAAGGUGCGUUUCCAAAUCCUUGUACUCCUCAAUCACCACUCCCUAUUUCAUCUCCACCCACCUCAAUCACACCAAAAACAACAUAAAUCGUGACAAUGCUUGUGUCAUCCACCUGCCCUACUCUUAUCGGCCUACAAUACCAGCCUGUACGGUCGCUUUGGGCCGCUCGUUUGAUACGAUUUCUGAGAUUCGAAUUCCUUUUGAUUUUCCUCAUCCGCGUGUCCAAAUAGUGGGCUCCUGCAAUGGCUUAUUGUGUCUCGCUGAUCUUGUUUACGGUAAUGUUAUAUAUUUGUGGAACCCCAGCGUUAGAAAAUUCAAGAAGUUGCCCGAUCCUUGCUUAGGAAACUCUAAGUUUGUUAAACUGGGAUUCGCUUAUCAUUCCGAGAAUAAUGACUACAAGGUUGUCAGGAUUUCAUCUCCUCCUUCGUCUCCACAGGUGGUUGAAGUGUACACAUUAAGUUCGGGUUCAUGGAGAAGGGUUGAAACAUCGUUGGGAGCCAAUGGUAUCUACUACUACUUUAAAAGAUCCCUUUUGCCAACCCCAUUGGUCAGUGGAGCUUUACACUGGAUAGCAGUUAUCACUGAAGGAGAAGAGAAUCCCAUAUACAGAAUUUUGUCAUUUGAUGUCAAUUGUGAGAAAUUCAGAAAGCUAGCACUGCCCCAUGGUCAUAUCGAUGACAAAAACCUUGAAAUACAUCUUUCAUCAUUCAAGGGGAAACUGGCUUUUGUCACAAGUGAACAACCUGGCUUUGUCUUCUCAAUAUGGGUGAUGAGGGAGAAUGGUGUGGUUGACUCUUGGACUAAACUUUUUGUUGUACCAUUUCAAAGAAUAGCUCAUUGCACUGCCUUCACCGAGUAUGGUUCACUUCUGAUGUUUUCGUACAACAACAUAGGUAGAUUCAAGUAUGAAGACAAGUUUGUUUUAAUUGACAUUGAAACUCUACAGGAGAAAAAGGAUCUCGGUAUCCAAAUAUCUCUAUCUGCAGCUACUUUCAUGGAGAGUCUAGUUUUACUUGAUGGAGCAAGUGUUGUAUCUUACUAAACGGUGGUAUGGAUGAACUGAAACCCUUGUUAUUACUUUUCCUUUUGUUUAGGCGUGAUAGCAUUGCUAAAAGCUUCAUAUUUUAUUCCAUGUUUACAUCAUGCUUCUGUGACUAUUAUAAAUUAGUAUUUGAGAUUUGUGUGUGAAUGGUUGUUGCAUUACGGAUGUUGUUAUUCCUUUCCUUUAGUAGUACUUGUCUAGCGAGCAUGUUGCCCUUCCAAGGUCAUAUGUCUUACUUCCCUUGUUCAAGCUGCAUGGUCUUUGUUGUUUGUGCAUUACAUUUAACCUUAAUAUCAAUUGGAAGGAGCUAAUUUUUCUGACAUUGAGUCGGUUGUGCAAUACGUGAUCUGCCUAUAUCAUUCUAUCUCUGGCCUCUAAGAGAUGUAUCAAGAUGAGGAACACUAUUUUACCAUGCUUAGCUGGGUUUAAUCACAUGUUUGAUGUUAGUGGAUGUGGAUUAACAAGUUUAGGAGCUGAAAUGUUAUGUUUCUGUUCGAACUG